AUGGGAGCUUCUAUAUUCAAUCCAGUAAUGUUUGGUGUGCGAAAAGCUAAGCAUAACCUUUAUAAUUUUACAAUAUUUGAAUGUGAGAUAACAGAAGCUAUGGAACAAACAUCGCUUCCGCUGAUACAUAGCACCAUCUUUACUCUACUAUUUUUUGUAUCAAUGAUAGGAAUUACUGUUUUAUAUAUCUGCAUAGCUGUGCGUGUUAAACAGCAAAUAAAACGGAAACAUCAAAUGGUUGGUAAACUAGUAGAUAAUAAAAACACAAAGAAUAAAAGUGGCGUAUAUCAGAAUUCCACUGAAGAACAGAAAAGUAACAACAGCGGAACGGAGGCCGAAACAUCUACGUGCAGCAGCACACCGGAUUCUGGUUCAAUUUACAAACACAUAGAAAAGAAACAAGAAACAUUCAAGAAAGAUGAAAUCAACAAAGACAAAAUUCUGACCGCAAAACCCAGGUCUUCAACACAGAAAAGGGGAACCAGUAAGAACAGAACGACACUGGUUAUGUUUACGGUGUCAUCAAUGUUUUUCAUCUCGUUUGUACCAUCCAGCUACUUAAAUGUGACACGAGUUUUGAAAGAUGGUUUCUUAGAAUCUGUAAACAACUCUGAGAGAUCGUUAUACAAAUUUUUCUUUCGUUUUUACCUUUUGAACAGUGUGAUCAAUCCAGUGAUAUACGGAAUAUUUGAUCCUGACUUUAGAAAUUCUUUUAAAAGGUUUUUCUCUUGCAGGCGUAUCUGA